CCACAACUUGCGCCAUCGAACACCUCGAACACUCACCUUCUGUGUGUUGUGUGUGCCAGCCAUGGCCUCCAAGCCGGUGGUGGCGUACUUCCAUGAUGAAGACGUCGCAAACUUCCACUAUGGUCAAAGACAUCCCAUGAAGCCCCACAGAUUGGCGCUGACACACAGCCUCGUGCUCAACUAUGGCCUCCACGAGAAGAUGCAGGUGUACCGGCCAUACCGCGCCACCGCAGAUGAUAUUGGAAUGUUUCACUCAAAGGACUACGUGCGGUAUCUGCAACGACCCACACUCAAGGAUGGAUCGAAAUUCCUGAUCGGCACAGGGCAUGACUGCCCGCUGUUUGAAGGGCUGUUUGACUUUUGCUCAAUGUACACUGGUGCAUCGCUGGAAGGCGCGCGCAAACUCAACCACAAGCAAUGCGACAUUGCCAUCAACUGGUCUGGCGGCCUGCACCACGCCAAGAAGUUUGAGGCGUCGGGCUUCUGCUACGUCAACGACAUUGUCAUCGCCAUCCUCGAGCUCCUCAAGUACCACCCGCGCGUGCUCUACAUCGACAUUGACAUCCACCACGGCGAUGGCGUCGAAGAGGCGUUUUUCACGACAGACCGCGUGAUGACGGUUUCGUUCCACAAAUUUGGCGACCAGUUCUUCCCCGGCACAGGCAACAUCUUUGAGAUUGGGGAGGGCCGUGGGAAGUACUAUUCUGUCAACGUUCCCCUCAAGAACGGCAUUGACGGCGACACCUAUCUUCGCAUCUUCAAGCCAACAAUGACAAAAGUCAUUGAGAGGUACCAGCCAAGCGCCAUCGUCUUGCAGUGCGGCGCGGAUUCGCUGGGGCUGGACCGCCUCGGGUGCUUCAACAUGACCAUCGAGUCGCACGGCGCGUGUGUGGACUUUAUCAAGAGCUUCAAUCUGCCGACGCUGAUUCUUGGCGGCGGCGGCUACACCAUCCGCAACGUCGCGCGCUGCUGGACAUAUGAGACGGGGCUGCUGGUUGGUGCCGAGCUGUCCAACGAGAUUCCAUUUGGAGAGUACUUUCCGUUCUUUGGCCCGGACUUUUCGUUGCACCCAGACAUGUCGACGUCGUUUGAGAACGAGAACACGAAGGAGUACGUGGAUCGCCUCCUUGCCCAGAUUGAUCUUCAUCUCAAACAGAUUGAGGCAGUGCCGAGCGUCAUGAUGCAAGAGAUACCGAGUGACGGGCUGCUGCACGACUUGAUACAUGCGCGCAAAGAGGAGGAGAAGGACAAAAACGCGGACGAACGAUUCCCGCAAAGUGAACGUGACAAGCACAUCAAGCCAGACAACGAGUUUGAAUGAAACCCUCAGGGCUGUUCCCGUUUUGCCUUGGUCUGUCUUGCGUGUACAUAUGUUUCGUGUGUCUCGCUUCGUGUUGGCUUGCUUGCCGAUAGGCACAGUGUGCGUGUGUGUGUGUGUGUGUGUGCUUUUUUGCUUUUGUGCUGCCGUUGCUGCAAUUGGUACCGGAUUUGACCCUGCUUGGAGCAUCAUCACAUCACUGUCGUCUUCUCUGCUUCCCUGCUUUGUUUCGUUCUCUCGCUCCUUCGUGCCGUGCCCGUGCUUGCUUUUUGCUUUCGUCGUUGGUAUCACGGAGUGUAAAUUGUAACCGACAGCAGCACA